CUAGAUUAUCCUGGGAAAUUAUGGGAUAGAGUUCCAUCAUGCUCUGGUUCUUCUCCUAUGUGGAGGGAUGAUGGGACUGCAUCAUUGGGAGUGUCCCCUGGAGUUAAACACAAUCAUUAUGCUCAUGCUAAACUGCUAGAGAAUUGUGUUGGAAUGCCUUAUGGGUAUUUUCCAAAGGCUGGGGGAAUUCCUUUAAUGAUUGAUCCCUUUACAAGUUUGGACAAGGUCUACAAGACUGGAAUUAUUGACAAAUGCUUUUUGUUGGAAUAUAUUAGAGGGAGCUACAAGACUUUGUCAUCUGAUUCUUUCAACUUUGCAGUGAAGGACAUCCAUGCCUGGAAAAUCUUAGGUUUUUCUCAUGAAGCCAUUCGAAUUCCUAAGAAAUAUCCCAGCAGCACUGAGAAGGGAUGA